UCGAGAGAAGUGCCGCGAGGAGCCGCACGCGGCUGCCCUUUGCGUGAGAACAACGUCGCGACGUUCUACGACAAGACGCGCAUCGUUCUCGGCAGCCCUCACGGCACGAGCGCGCGCGCACAUUCGGCUGCUGCAUUACAACAUUCGGGUCUGCCAAGAGCCGGCUGCGUAAGCGCGAGACAGACAAACCCAUGGAGGAGCCGACCGCGAGCGAACUAUUAGCGCAAGCCCACGAAGAACAAGAGCUCAAGGAGGCGGCGAACCGGCGCGGCGACUCCAAGGCCGCGCUCGCCCACGCGAAGGCGAGAAGAAGGGCGCUCGACGCGGCUUGCCACACCGCCGCGGGCCGCGAGGCCCAGCGCUUGCUCAGAUCCGGCGGCGCGAAAGCUCCUGACUUCGUCGUGAAGCUGUACUGCAUGUUCACGGAAUAUCCUACCCUCAUUUACUGGGACGACGGCCGCGUCGUCGUCGCGCGGCCGGAGGAGCGCCUCGAGCCCAUCCUGGCGAAAUUCUUCCGCACGGGCAAGUUCUCGUCGUUUCAAAGACAAUUGAACAACUUCGGCUUCCACAAGGCGCCUCAUUUAAGUACGUCGAAGCUGCGCGUCUAUUUGCGGGAAGAUUUGCAAGGCUACCCCGCGGAGAGCGUGCUGGCGUUGAGGCGGGGCCAGAAGCGCGGCGUGGCGCCCGACGCCGCGCGGCGCACGGACGAGGUGAUCGAGGAGUGGGAUUCUAGAUCUGAGGAAGACGACGUCGCCGCCGCGCCGCCGAUCGUCGAACCGCCGCCGCCGCCGCCGCCGCCGCCGCCGCCUCCUGAACCCAAGGUGAAGGGGCCCUGGCCGCAGUGGAGUGGUGAAGGGCGCUGCUACGCCAUUUAAGACAUGUAGUUAUGAUACAGGGGGGCUAUGCACACAGGCGGGGGGGAACAUGUA